AUGGGAAUGCACCCCAAGAGAUUGUGGGCAGCAUGGCUAAAACUGGACGGAGUCCGGACGACAUCUGUGCUAUUCCCCCAGCUGGGACAGGCCAGCUCAGCAUACCGUAGGGAACCCCAAGCACCAGACCACAUUCGUGUUUCAAAGCAAGCUGUCAAGACUUGUGGCAACUUUGGCAGCGGCAAGUUCUGGGGCUUGUCUGACCAAGGGCUUGACGCAGUGAAACAUUACUAG